GACAGAUUCUCCUAUUCUACACACAGGAUCACCAUCACCCUCAGACACCAUGGCACAGCCCACAUCUCUGGAAGCCUCCCUGGGAGCCAUCAUCAUGACAUUCCACAAGCACGCUGGUAGUGGAGAUGCAAAGACCCUCAACAAAAAAGAGCUAACCAACCUCAUCAAGGCAGAGCUGCCCAACAUCGCUGGGAAGGGUGGUCCUGAAGUGGAUGACCUGAUGACGAUGCUGGACCAGGAUGCUGACGGCUCCGUGGACUUCAAGGAGUACAUUACCCUGAUUGGAUCCCUUGCCUACGCAUGCAACUGUGCCCUGUUGAGGAGUGUGUGAUUGGAUGUUAAGACCUGCCUGCUUCCAUCUGCUUUGUACAUUACAUUCUACAUGAAUAAAUGGUAGUUUAAUUUUAA